GUUCCGGCGGCGGCGGCGGCUUAUGCAGGACCCAGCAGCUGCUGAGGCGGCGGCGCCGCCGCCGCAGGCAGCGGACCCCUCGGCGCCAAGCGCCGGUACGCCACCUACGGACACGGCGCCGAAGAUCAAAACCUGUUCUGUUUUGCUGCGCUACGCGGCCGGUAUAGGCGAUCCAACAGCCGCGAGUGAUUUGCCAAUCUUCACGGCGUACUGGGCGGCUAUGUCGACGUCACCACAGGUGCCGGUUAUCACCUCGUGGGUCCUCGGGUGGACAUUCAACGCCGGAGAGCGGAUCAGCUACAGUAAAGACGUGUUUGAAACGGGCACUCCGGCCGUGACGAGUGCGCCGACACCGCUUGCCGCAGGGGCAGCGACCACGCCAGCAUCUGAAGCUCCAGCUGUCCUGGAGUCCGUGAUGCUGCAGGAUCACAAGGACGGCAACACUUCAGCCUUAUCAAGUCCACUGCAAGACGUUGCCGUCAUGGGCAAUGGCUCAUUGGUGUACGGCUCCGCCAUCCGGUUCAAUUUGAUAGUUCGCAAGGGUCCCCCGGCCUCGCCUUCUUCUCCUCGCUCCUCCGACCCCAUUGUAAGCUCCUUUACCGGCCCUGCAUCGGCGCCGCUUCGGGCGACGGCGCCCGAAAACGUCUUUUUCAACAACAUGAAAUGCGAAUCACUGGAAGACCUCUACCGCAUCUCGCCGAGGGACCCUCGGGAGGCUCGCGCAGCCAUCGCAGCGCUCUUGGGUGGAGGUGCCGCUAACGCCGGG